CGUGGCGGCUCCUCGGCCGGCUUGUCUGUCAGUCAGCGGAGCGGGGACCAUGGCUUGUGGGGAGCCCUGGUAGCUGGAGGGCGGGGGGAGCCGCCGGAGGAGGAGGAGGAGGAGGAAGAGGAGGAGGAGGACAGGCCGAAGCCGCUGCGACGGAGAACCUCCGGGCUCGGGGCGCUGCUCUGGGGCUGACCUUGAUGAAGUGUGAAGUUCCUUCUAGCUCUAAGGUUCCGUGUUUCAAUAGGUGAAGAGCUUUGAACAGAUGUGGAAAGAUGUUGACGACAGAAAAAGGGGUUGUGGAGGAAUGGUUAUCAGAAUUCAAGACACUACCAGAAACAUCUCUAUCAGAGUAUGCCAGAAAUUUGAAAGAUAAGAGUACUUUGGUUUCAUCUUUAUAUAAAGUUAUCCAGGAGCCACAAAGCGAGUUGCUUGAACCUGUGUGUCACCAGCUCUUUGAAUUCUACAGAAGCAAAGAAAAAAAGCUUCUACAUUUCACACUGCAGUUUCUCCCAGAACUGAUGUGGUGCUACCUGACCAUGUCUGCCACCCGGAAGCGUCACAGCACGGGUUGCGUGGAAGCUCUUCUUUUAGGCGUUUACAACUUGGAAAUAGUUGACAAUCAGGGACAUAACAAAGUGUUGAGUUUUACAAUCCCAUCUUUAUGUAAGCCAUCAAUAUAUCAUGAACCUUCCAGCAUAGGUUCCAUGGCUCUGACAGAGAGUGCUUUAUGCCAGCAUGGUUUAUCAAAAGUUGUUUACAGUGGACCUCAUCCUCAAAGAGAGAUGUUAACAGCUCAGAAUAAGUUUGAAGUGUUGACAUUCCUUUUAUUGUGUUACAAUGCUGCCUUAACCUAUAUGCCCAAUGUUUCUCUUCAAUCGCUGUGUCAAAUUUGUUCAAGAAUCUGCAUUUGUGGAUAUCCUCGACAACAUGUAAGAAAAUACAAAGGUAUAUGUAGCAGGAUCCCAGUUUCUUCAGAAUUCAUGGUGCAAAUGUUAACAGGAGUUUAUUUUGCCUUUUAUAAUGGAGAAUGGGAUGUAGCUCAGACGGCCCUGGAAGAUGUCCUGUACAGAGCUCAGUUGGAAUUGUACCCCGAACCACUGCUGGUUGCUAAUGCAAUAAAGACUUCAUUGCCCGCAGUUGCCAUGAAAUCUAGUAAGGAGGGUAAAAGAUGUAUUCAGGUUGAAAUUACACCAACUUCAUCGAGAAUAUCCAGAAAUGCAGUAACCAGCAUGUCAAUAAGAGGGCACAGAUGGAAAAGACAUGGUAAUACUGAUUUAACCGGCCAAGAGGAGCUAAUGGAAAUAUCUGAAGUUGAUGAAGGAUUUUACUCCAGGGCUGCAUCUAGCACUAGCCAGGCUGCCUUAUCAAACACCACCAGCAAGACCAGUUUAGGAAAGAAUCCCCGAAGGACCGGAGGAAGCAGAACCGGAGCAAAAGAAAAAGAAGCCUCUGGCGAAUCGGGCCGAGAGCACUCAGCACGAAAACCAAACCCAAGAGCCCUCAGUGAGAACCUCGAACUGCUGUCUCUGAAGAGGCUCCCUCUGGCCACCAGCCAGUCUCUGCCCAAGCCUGGCAGUCACAGCCUGGCCAGGACCGCCACCGCCGUCUUCAGCAAAUCUUUUGAACAAGUCAGCCCGGGUGCUGCAGGCGGUGGAGGGACAGGGACUGACGCCAAUAGGUUUUCUGCUGGCAGUCUGCAAGAGGAAAAGCUGAUUUACAUCUCUGAGAGAACCGAGCCACCAGUUCAACAUCCACCCAGUCAGCAGAGACCUCCCAGCAUCAGCAUCACCCUGUCGACCGAUUAGCACCCAAGACAUGGCCCCACAUAAGCAGUGAACUGGGAGGUUUCCUGUCCUUUCAUGCCCUUCCUUCAUCUCUGUUUUUGACAAGAACUCACAGCUGGUGUAAAUUCUGGAAGUUGGCUGGACUAGCAGGCCGUUUCUCGAUCACCAUGAGUUACCUGCAGUCUGGCUUUUCCCUGGCUCCUCCAGCUUGAGGAGCGUCUUAGUGGCCCCCAGGGAAGUGCAGCUCUGGCAGUUUGUCUGAUCACUUUGGCCACAUCACGGGGGAGGCCGACUCUUCUUGUUAGUUGUAUUAGGACCUUCAGUCUAGAGGGACAGCUUCCACAGAUGUUAGUUAUUGUUGAUAAAAGUGAGGCCGUAGUGAAACUUUAGGAAUCCGACCACCCCUUUAGUGAGUCUGUUCUGCAGGGACAGCACUGAGGAAAAUCUCUCUCUAGGGACCAGAGUUUGAUCAGAAGUCUAGGGACUGGGGGCCACCCUGGAAGGUGAAUGGCGGUGAUAGCAAUAGCUAGCAGCCAGCAUUGAGCCUGGGUACUGCUUGUCUGAUUGCCAGUUGUUUCAUUGGGUUUUCUGCUUCGGGGUGAGCUUACAGGUAAACCUUCUUUUUCCUUAAGUUAGCAGGCCCUGGAGCUAAGGAGGGACAUGUUUUCCAGCUCUUCUACUUUGGAAAUUCCAGUUAGUUUGUUACUUUAGUUAGGAGAAGGCCCUUCUGGAGAUGGCUGGAAAAUCACUAUAAAUCUUAGAUCAUUCCGGCAAAAAAGCAAAAAGCAAACAAAAACAUUAAAUAUCAAGCUAACUCCAUUUUACUCUUCUAUAGUGUUGUUUCUAUGCAAAUAAAGGAGUUUAGAUGUUAAAAGUUUGACAAUUGCGUAGUGUUGUGAAAAAAUAAAGAGCAAACUGUAAAAGAACAAAAGACAUGUACAUGGUAAUUGUCAUUUUUCCUGCUUUGGCCCCAUAAAUUUAAAAUCACAACAAAGGAACAAGUGGUUGCUUUGUGUUUGCUCCUGACUCCUUUUAUGGACUGUUCAUAUUUUAAAUAGUCCUUAUAUUUAUGUGAACAAAAUUACCAAAAUAACCAAUUUCCCCCCCUAAAGCUUUUUACCUACUACUCCCCAGAGUCCCUCCCACUAAGAGUAAAAUGAUAUUUCUGUAUUUCUUGCUCCCACUUUUUUCCCCUUAGAUCCAAAGAAAAACAGACAGGGACUUAGGAUGCUUUCUGUUUACAAUCUCUCCUUAGGCAUAGGUCAAAAAUCAGAGAAGAUCACAUGUGUGAGGUCUCCAAUCAAGUGUUGAUUUAGUAAAACUUGGGUCACAAGUGAAUCUGUAAAUACCAAAGCACAGACCUCAGACUCUCAGUCCUGAACACCACUGAGUUGGGGAUAGUGUUGAGAUUUGUUUUCUUUAGGUUCAGGUGUUAAGCUUGGGGUGAGCUCGUUUGGCCUGUGGAGCAGCUAAUGAGCAGAAGGGGCCUAGGCCAGAGAAGCUUCUGGUGCUGAAGGAAGGCCAAGAAGAUCUCCACAAGGACAUGGGGCACCAUCUUAAAUGCUUGGCCAGGAUGUCGAGGGCUUCCCUGCCUGUUCCUGUUCUGUAAAGGGAAAACAAAAGGUUUCCCGUGGUUGUCACAGUGUUAAUCUUCUUAAUGAAUUCAUGUCUUUAGUCUUCAUUUCCAGCAGUUUAUGACUUUUGGUAGAAUCUCAUAAGAGAAGUUCAUGUAGAUUGAGGGAGUUGGGGUAGUUGGUGGCCCAGACUGCAACCUCUCAGAAAUUGUUGAGGAUUGAGGUGGUACAAAUUGUGGGCCUGACGUCAGUAUUUUCACACUGUCAUGAAGCCUUGUUUGGGGGUUAGGGAUAACAGUGCAAAUCAAUUGCUAGACUAACAAUUAGAAGUCUUUCCCUUUAGAAUCCUCAGUAUUCUCAUCCUAUUAUUCUCAUGGUAUAUCAUGGGAAAAUUAUUUGAUAGUAAAACAUAGGAAAAUGUUAGAGUAAUUUUAUAUACAUUGUUCCGUCAAGGAAACAUUUUGUUUCUUGAGGAACAACAGGGGGGACUGUAACGAUUGGAAUGACGCCACCUGCUGGAGACUUACUGUAGAAGAGUUCUGCCCAUG